AUGUCUUGGCCAGUGCCUCCACCAGCUCAGUGGAAUCCUGGCGUUGCUAUGACGCCUAAUAUGAACAUGGGUUAUACACCUGAUCAAUGGGCUUUGAUGCAGCAGCAAAAUUGGCAACAAUGGACCCAAUGGCAACAACAAUACGCUCAGUGGCACAGUCAAUACGGAGAUAAGUAUGCAGAACAAAUGCAGGCUAUGCCAACGAUGGGUACAAUGCCGCCUUUACCGCCUGUUAGUUGCGUGCCUCCUCCUGCACCACCUCCACCUGAUCAACCACCACCCCCACAUCAAAAUGAUCAGCCACUUUUUACACAAAAACCUCCACCGCCCCCAGUACCAGCACCGCCACAAAAUCAGCAAACUUCAAACAAAUCAGAUAACGUAAAUAAUACAAAAACUCCAGAGGUUGACACCCAAAGUUGGUCUUAUGAUACACAUGCUAUGGAUACACAUGAUGAUGCAGCUCAAAAUUCUGAAGCUUUGGAGAAGUUAUCUGAGGAAGAGAGAUUGUUUGAUAUACAGUUUCAGAAAUGGGAGGAGGAAAUAGAGAAGUGGAAAAAAGAAAAUGUUAAUCAUCCUGAUAAACAAGCAUACAAUGAAUAUGAACAGAAGUUUGAAGCGUGUAGGGCACAAUUAUUAGAGCGACGUCAGCAGAUGAAACAAAAGAGAGCUCGUUUGAUGAGUAAUACAUCUCAAACUGUGAACAACAAUGUGACGGGUAAUAUGCCUACAGUACCUGCCCCAGGUAGUAACCCUGUACCACUGCAGACUAAAAUUCCCAAUAAUUACAGUCAACCUAAUAUGCAAUCACAAAAAUUAAAAAACAAUCCAACUGUGAAUUAUUUUAACCAAAAAUAUCCACAUUAUCAGCAGCAUAAUAUGAGUGAAGGAAGUUACAGUAGUGAUACGAAAUAUGUAGAGCCUACAUUCAGAAACGAUUCAUACCAUAAUGUUGGUCAUUACUCAACACCUAAUGUUGAUAACUCUGACUUCUUGCCUAAGGACGAUACUAAAGGAAUACCAGGGUUAGAUUUAGUUCCAGAAGUUGAUAAGCCACCUGGUUUUAGUAAAAAUCAAGAUGUUAUUGAUAUAACUGAAGAAAAUAAAGCAGAAAAGCAAGAAAUUCAAUCACUUGGCCCUGACUACUCUACUAUUUCCAAGGGUAUUAAUAGCAUUUUAGGCGAUGAAAAAAUUAUGAACAUUCUUUCUAUGGUUAGAGGCCAAAAAUCCUUUGAUAAUACCAGUAUUAGUAAACCACAUAGCAAUAUGGAUGUGGCUAAAAAUUAUCAGCAUACUCCAAAUAUUCCUUAUGGCAGUAGACAAAACACUAAUAAUGUACAAAGCUCUUUUUUAGACAUUCCCAAAACAGGUAAUGAUAUGCCAGUUGUGCAGAGACAAUAUGAUGAUAAACGAGUCGACAUAUCAAAGGAACAAUAUUAUGGUAAUUUUACGCAAAGUAUUGGCCAUAAUAUGGCACCAAGAAAUGUACAAAUUACUGCUAGUCAAGUGGGACCACUACAAAAUCAGGCUAUGCAAAAUGAAACUAUAAAUAAUUUUCAUAAAGGUUCUUAUGAUAGAAAAAGUAUACCUGAGCAUCAAUCAUGUCCCAUGCCAACUCCACCUGUUAGGUCUAAAUGGGUUGAUGAGCCAUUGUUUACCCCGUCUAUAAUUGUUGAAUAUGAGCAUAAACCACUAAGAUUAAAAGCUCGAGAUUUUAUUGAGCCUGUCCACAUGUUUGACUAUAAUCAUAAGUCAAAAGAAAGUGAUAAAAAGAAAGAUUUUGAAAAGGAAGUUGAUGAUCUUUUUUCAAGGCAGCGUAAAAUGGAAAUAAAUGAUGAGAAUUUCUCACCAGAGAGAUCUUAUCGAGACCUUUAUUAUAGAGAUAAUAACAGAAAACAAAGAGAAAACAUAAGAGAUGACUACCGGCAAAGAGGUCCUUUAAGGGAGGCAUAUAGUGAGAGGCACCGAUAUGAUGAUAAAUAUGAUAACCGUCAAAGAGAUCAUUCAGAUAAUUAUAAGAGACGAGAGGAUAUUUAUAGGAACUAUGAGCGAGGUAGAGAUGAUAAUAGAGAUAGAUACAGAGAUUAUAGAAAAGAUGAAAGUAGAAAUCGAAGCAGAAGCAAGGAAAGGGAAAAUCGUAAAAGAACUCAUAGCAAAGAUAGUGAGGUCAGUGGUACUUCUUCAAUUAAAAAAGGAAAGGACGCCCAUUCAAAAAAUGAUUUAGGGACUGCUAAACAUAUUGUUAUGAUUGAUGAUAUAUUAGAACCACCAGGCCGUGAAAUGAGGCCAGAAAAAAUUGUUAUUAUAUUAAGAGGCUUACCAGGUAGUGGCAAAUCAUAUUUAGCGAAAUUAAUUAGGGAUAGAGAAGCUGAACAUGGUGGUACAGUACGAAUUAUGUCAAUAGAUGAUUAUUUUAUGCAAGAAGGUGAAAUUGAAGUUAAUGAUCCUGUCACAGGGAAGAUGGUUAAAAAACCAUCUCUGAAAUAUGAGUAUGAUCAAGAUUCAGAAGAAGCCUAUAUGUAUUCAUUGAAGCGUGCUUUUAAACGGAGUUUAACAGAUGGAUAUUUUUCGUUCUUGAUUUUUGAUGCUGUUAAUGAACAGUUAAAAUCAUAUGCUGAUAUAUGGAACUUUGCAAGACAAAAUGGAUUUCAGGUGUAUAUUUGUACUUUGGAAGUUGACUUACAAACCUGUUACAAGAGGAAUAUUCACAAUCGCACGCUGGAGGAUAUUGAAGUUAUAAGAGCUAGAUUUUUCCCAACGCCCGCACACCACAUACAAUUGGAUCCAACAACCUUGCUACAGAGUGCCGCCAUUACAGAAGUGCAAAUGGAAGAUGUGGACAAUGGGGUGUCUAUGGAGGAGGAUCCAGCAGAAAGUGAGGUCGAAAAUCAUUUUACCUCGAAAUGGGAGAAAAUGGACGACGCCGUACAACUAGCGCGACUCGACGGCACCAGUAAGCCGCUUCGACCAUCGCAACUCUCCAUGGAAGACUACCUACAAAUAGAUGACUGGCAGCCAAAUGUAUCUAAGCCAGGAAAGAAAACUGUGCGUUGGGCGGAUAUAGAAGAGAGAAGGAAGCAAGAGAAGAUGCGGGCUAUUGGAUUUGUUGUAGGUCAGACUGACUGGAAUCGUAUGACAGAUCCGACUAUGGGAUCCAGUGCACUCACACAGACUAAGUACAUCGAGCGAGUGAGACGCAUGUAG